CCUUCUGCGCCCGACUUGACCACCUCCCAGCGGGCGACGCGGGUCCCCACGGGAUCGCACCGGAGAUCGCUCGCCGGAGCGGAUCGGCGGCGGCGGGGGAGAAGGAGGAGGAGGAGGCGAGUGGUCCGACGCUGGGAUGGUGGAGGCUCCGGCGGGGCCGGCGGAUCUGAGCGCGGCGGCGCACGUGAGCGCACUGCCGCUGCAGGUGGACCUCCUGCAGCUGCCGCCGGAGGUGCCCUCGCCGGGGGCGCCCGCGCUCCGCGGCAUCCUCGACCGCCUCUUCGCGCACUGGCUCUCGCUUCCAGACACUGCCUCGCUGGUGGGCAACCUCGUGCAGAAGGCCAAGGCGAGCGGCGGCGGCGGGGCGGCGGGGGCCUCGAUGCUGCCGUCGAUGAUGGUGCAGGGGGGCGCCACCGUGCCGCCGCUCUCUCCGAGGUCGCCGCGAUUGUCUCGGAGGCCCAGUGGGGUCGGCGCGGGUGGCCAGCCCAACCGCUCCGCGUCGCCGCUCCGGCCGGCCACCGCCCGCGCCGCCAAGGAGGUCAUACCGCAGUUUUACUUUCAAGAUGGCCGCCCACCGCCGUACGACGUAAAGAAGCAAUGCGUAUCUACAGUUGAGAAGCUCUUCGCGGGCCAUUCGAAUGGUCUUCGGACUCAAGAAUUUCGGAUGGUUACCAGGGAACUCUGCAAACUACCAACAUUCUUUACCACUGUUCUUUUUGAAAAGAUUGAUAAGGAGAGCUCAGGAUUCGUCACAAGGGAGGCCUUCAUUGAUUUCUGGGUGAACAGAAAUUUGAUGAGUAUGGAUAGUGCAACCCAAGUAUUCAAAAUUCUGAAGCAACCGUAUCGCAAUUACCUCACAAAGGAGGAUUUUAAACCAGUUCUUAAAGACCUUUUGGACAACCAUCCUGGCCUGGAAUUCUUGAAGAGCACACCUGAAUUUCAAGAAAGAUAUGCUGAGACUGUCAUAUAUAGGAUAUUCUAUUGCUUAAAUCGAAUUGGAGGUGGCCAUCUAACACUUAGAGAACUGAAGCGUGGAAAUCUGCUUAGUGUACUCAGGCAUGCUGAUGACGAAGAAGAUAUCAACAAAGUUUUAAGGUAUUUCUCAUAUGAGCAUUUCUAUGUGAUAUAUUGCAAGUUCUGGGAGCUGGACACAGACCAUGAUUUCUUUAUUGAUAAAGAAAAUCUUAUUAAGUACGGAAACCAUGCAUUGACAUAUAGGAUUGUAGAUAGAAUUUUCUCAGAGGUUCCUAGGAAAUUUACCAGCAAUGUUGAAGGGAAAAUGGGCUAUGAAGAUUUCGUUCAUUUUAUAUUGUCUGAAGAGGACAAAUCAUCAGGGCCAAGCCAGGAAUACUGGUUCAAAUGUAUAGAUUUGGAUGGCAAUGGCAUACUCACACACAAUGAACUACAGUUCUUUUUUGAGGAGCAACUUCAUCGCAUGGAAUGCAUGGCCCAGGAACCUGUUCUAUUUGAGGACAUAUUGUGUCAGCUUAUUGAUAUGAUUGGACCUGAGGAUGAUAGCUAUUUGACAUUGAAAGACUUCCGAAGGUGCAAAUUGUCUGGGCAUUUCUUCAACAUUCUCUUUAACCUGAACAAAUUUAUGGCCUUCGAAGCUAGGGAUCCAUUCCUCAUCCGCCAAAUGCGUGAAGAGCCGUCAUUAACAGAUUGGGAUCGUUUUGCACGAAGAGAAUAUGUUAGAUUGGCGAUGGAAGAAGAUGGUGAAGAUGCUUCUAAUGCAAGUGGAGAUGUUUGGGAUGAGUCACUUGAAUCUCCUUUCUAGAUUGAAUACGCUGUGGCAUUUGGGAAGACAUAUCAGACCAUUCACAAAUAGCCCUAAUAAUCUCAAGGCGAAACCAUGAUGGCAGUAAAACACUGAACGGUUACUUGACAUCUUAUCUCUACAGAAACUAUAGUUGAGGCAGCUGCACACUUGCUGGCACCAUCCAAAUUUUGACAUAGAAGCGAAGACAUACUUCCAUCUCGUUUGUUGUGAUAAUCCAUUUGGUUCUUGGUGACAGUGAGGUUCAGUAGCAAUUGCAUACAUGGUUUGGUCUAGUAUUGCUGUUACCCUUCGACCGAUUGAUUCAUGGCAGCAGCAGGCGCAGGCCACCUUGUGAUUAUUCCGAAGGCACAUCCAGAGUCAAGUGACAAAUAAGAAGAACACGCGUUCUUGCAGCGGAUGCAAUCAUCAUAUGGUAGAUCGUGAAUUGGCUGGCACCACAGUUUUUAUGCUCAUAGUGUUUUUAUUAGAUAUCUGCCAAAGUAUUCUUUCUUUGUUCAAUAAGGUCAUUGAGAAGAACAUUUACUUGUGUAUUUUGUAUCUAUGUUUAGAUAGUAGUCACAUGAACAAUGAGCUGUAAUACUAUCGCAUAGGAUUUAAAUUGUUAUUUUCUUAAUGCACUUGGACGCAAUGCACAAAUGUUUGAGAGUUUAAACUAG